AUGAAAGCUGCAAUGGGUGGAUGGAUAGGAUCCGCUGAUUGCAUUCCCGGUCGCGUUUGGACAGUGGAGGAAUUGCUCGAGCAAGGCUUCAAGCUUGAACGCUGGGAUGGAAGGGAGCCUUGUGGAAUUUUGGAUGACAAAAACAAACUCAUCAUCGUUCUCGUCGGCGCACCACAGGACCCAUCUUGGGAGGACGCAAUGCGGCAAGUACAGGAAGUCUUCACCGUGGAACCUCGCGCAGAGGCGAUUUCUUCUCCAUUCAAGCUGGAGUGUCUUAUGGGGGCGGUCAAAUGGUGGGACAUCUAA